CGGGGUCUUACAAGAAACAAUUUUCUCAGCUUUGAUAUAAAGUUCGUUGGUCAAGUGUUAUGCCUAAGCAUUCGGUAGUGUUCUUUGGUAAGCGCAACAUUUGCAGAACAGAGCAUUAGAACGGUGUCUAGAAUAGGAACAAAGUGAAUACAAUGUUUAGGCUAAGUGCUGUGUGCGUGGUGCUGGUGCUCGUAGGAGUGUCAUUCGCUGAACCUCCGGCAUCCGGUGGAUAUCCAGAUCGUCGGAAUGGUAACGGAAACGGUGGAGGUGGCGGUGGCUACCAACAGGUCUCUAGUGGACAGCAGACGUCGGAAGGCCAAUCCGUAGAUCCUCAGUUGCUCGAUAUGGUGAAGAUGCUGUUGCUGCAGCACGAAAGUGAAUCCUCUAACGGUGCUGGUGGCGGCGGUGGUGGCAGCGGGGGCCCAUAUCCUUCCUCCAACGGUGGUGGAAGUGGAGGUCCAUAUGGUUCGUAUGGACCACCAGCUGGUAGCAGCUCCCAGGGAGGUCGUGUGACCGGAAUUGAAUUAGAAAACCCCAAGCAGAGCAUGCAGGUCGCCGAAUUCUGGCAGGGUGGCGAAGAACAGGGUGCCCCUAGUGGACAAUACGGUGCUCCAGGUCAAGCUCAAGCCCCAAGUGGAUCUUAUGGUGCCCCAAGUGAUUCGUAUGGCGCUCCCCUAGGUAGGAAGUAAAUUGUUUAAUUUAUUGAUGUGUACCGCGUAAGUAAUGUUAGUUCAGAAAAAAAAAAUAAAUUUGUCACCGUAAA